AUGUGUCUUCACAUGGAUCAAGCCAUCUGUAAUAGUAGGAGGGAUAUUUGGGUUCUUUACAAAUCCUCUAUCUUGUGUAGCAUGGUUGGAGAAUCGAGUCAACACAUGUCACUACAACUUAGCUCUUUGUUAUUGGAGAGACCUAUCACCUUCUUAGUUACUCAUGCAAAGUGCACAGACACUGAACGGCUAGAAUUGUGGUCUAGUCUCCUAGUGGACAACCCGGAUCAAUCCCCUUGGUUGAUUGUGGGGGAUUUCAACGUCAUCGUGUCGACGGAGGAGAAAAGGGAAGGGUUGCCUUUUAGACCAGUAGAGGGUUGGGAUAUUUUAGAUUUUAUGUCUCAGGCAGGGGUUUUUGAUGUGGGGUACUCGGGCUCUUGCUUCACAUGGUGCAAUAACAGGCAUGGGCGGGCGCGUAUCUGGAAGCGAUUAGAUAGGUUGCUAAUGAAUCAAGUUACUUCUAAUUUCGCUCUGGAUUUUAGCGUUCGCCAUUUAUCUAGGGAUCCUUCGGAUCAUGCGCCAUUAUUAUUAUCGGCUAUGACAAAACUAGACAACAAGCUGAGGCCAUUCCGAUUCUUAAAUUUUUGGGCAUCUAAGCCUGGGUUUUUGGAUGUGGUCCGAUGCAACUGGAACGUGGCUUUCUCGGGGCCUCCGUUAAUGGUCCUUGCUGCUAAGCUUCGAAGUGUCAAGAUGGUGUUACGUGCCUGGUCUCGGGAGGUUUUCGGAGAUAUCUUUGGCUCGGUACGGGUGGCAGAGGACAUGGCCCUCAACGCUGAGUUGAGCUAUGACACUGAUCCAUCGGAAGACAAGCUUGUAGCAUUACAGAAGGCUUGGGCUGAUCUUCGGCGGUCGCAAGGGGUAGAGCAUAUGUUUUGGCAACAAAAAUCAAGGGUCAAAUGGUUGAAGGAUGGAGAUCGAAAUUUGAGAUAUUUCCAUGCAGUGGUGGCAGAGCGCCACCAACGGUCGGUAAUCCAUCGGAUUAAAUCAUCCACUGGGGAUUGGCUGGAGUCUGCGGAUGACACUGAGAGUGAAGCCGAAUCCUUUUUUAAACGGUUAUUUACGGCAGAGUCCCCUAGUGCAUCCUUUAAUGCUCUUGACGUUAUACCGAAAUUGCUGACGGACCAGGAUAAUGAGAUGCUAGACGAGAUCCCUUCUAAGGAAGAAGUUAAGUCAGUGAUUUUUGCAAUGGAUGGUGGGAGUGCAGCUGGGCCGGAUGGGUUCUCGGGUAGGUUUUUUACGUGUGCAUGGGACAUUGUGGCAGAGGAUGUCCACGCGGCUGUGGUAAGUUUCUUCUGUGGAGAGGUGCUGCCUAGGAGUAUAUCUUCCACUUCAAUAGUGCUGAUUCCGAAGGUCCAGUCUCCGCAGGAUUUUACCCAAUUCCGUCCGAUUAGCUUGUGUAACUUUAUCAAUAAGGUGAUAUCCAAGGUCUUGUUAGACAGAUUAGCAUGGAUCUUGCCGAAGAUUAUUUCUCCUCAGCAGAGUGGCUUUGUGAAAGGAAGGCAUAUCUCUGAUAAUUUUCUGUUGGCUCAGGAGCUUAUAUCUGGAAUUCGUCGCUCUAAUAGGGGAGGGAAUGUGGUGUUAAAGUUGGACAUGGCCAAGGCUUACGGCCGCGUUUCAUGGGUUUUCUUGUUACAAGUACUGCGUCGAUUUGGUUUCACGGAGAGGUGGAUUGAUAUGAUUUGGCGGUUAAUCUCCAAUGUUUGGUUUUCGGUUCUGGUCAACGGCUCUCCUUGUGGCUUUUUCCAAUCAACUAGGGGGCUCCGACAAGGUGACCCCAUUUCACCGGCUCUUUUUGUUAUUGAGGCAGAGUUCCUGUCUAGGUUGCUUAACUCUUUGGUUGGCCAGCGUGGAUUCCUGUCGUUUAAGAUUCCUUCCAGAUGUCCUGCCAUUACACAUCUAGCUUUUGCAGAUGACGUAAUUAUUUUUUGUAGCGGGGUUAAGAGUACUUUGCGGCAUGUUAUGAGGGUAUUGGGGAUGUAUUGUAGUAUGUCUGGGCAGCAGGUAAAUUGUCUGAAGAGUUGCUUUGUUACUCAUGAUAAGUUGAGCCCUGCUCAUCGACGUGUGGUGUCACAAGUUUCUGUUGCAAAGCGGGUUCUAUCGUGGAAGGAAAAGUUAUUGUCGCCUGGUGGGCAUUUGGUUUUAAUCAGGAGUGUUUUGUCGUCGUUGCCUCUACACAUCCUUGCUGUCACGGAUCCUCCAAAGGGUGUGCUUCAUACCCUCGAGAAGGUUUUUGCAAAUUUCCUUUGGGGAAGGUCUGAGGGGGGUAAUCGCUACCAUUGGAUUAGAUGGGAGACUAUGUGCAAACCGCUUGAUGAAGGGGGGAUCGGCGUGCGGUCCCUGGCGGAUGUGUUGGAGACAUUUUCAGUGAAGCUAUGGUGGUCCCUCAGGCAAUGUUUAUCCCUCUGGGCAAAAUUUAUGCACGCUAAAUACCUCCAUGGCGGUCAUGCGUGUGAAGCGGAACUUCAGCGCUUUCAAUCUCCCACCUGGAGGAGGCUGGUCAGGUGCCAGGCUCUGGCAGAUUCCCAUAUCCAGUGGGUGUUGCAGAAUGGAAUGGUGGACUUUUGGCAUGAGAAUUGGAUGGGUGCAGGGUCGUUGUGUCAACAGGUUGAGAACUUUGGUGAUCACGCCGUAGCGGACUUCGUGUUGAAUGGGAGCUGGAACGUUUCGAUGCUUCAUCAAUGGCUACCUGAUAGCAUUGUUUCUAGGAUUAUGCAAAUAUGCCCUCCUGAUAUUUUUUCUACACGCUCAGAUAGGAUGGUGUGGGACUUGGAGACAACUGGUUCCUUCUCAUUCUCAUCUACAUAUAAUUUGGUCCGACAGGAUUCCAACAUUUCCAUCUUCUCCUCUAAUAUUUGGUUGUCAGCUUUGCCUAUAAAAAUCUCUUUUUUUAUGAUUAUGAUGUUAUCGGGCCGCCUGCCUGUGAUGGAAUCACUGCAGAGGCGGGGUGUCUACCGUCCAUCUCGUUGUUCUUGCUGUGUCAACCCAGUGGUGGAGUCAGUUGAUCAUGUCUUUUGUGCUGGAGAUGUCCCACGGUGGGUAUGGAAUUCUUUUCAGGUAGAGGCAGGAGACUUUGCACAUGUCUCAACGGUAAAACAUGCAGUCAUUCAAUGGUGGAUGCGCCCGGCUAAGAACAAGUUGAUGAAAUUGUUGUAUCAGAUAUUGCCUUCGCUUAUUUGUUGGCAUCUUUGGAAGGCUAGGAACGUGGCGGUGUGGGAAGGAAAGGUGUUGUCAGCGAUACAGGUACAUGGCUUCAUUCUUUCGGAUCUCUGUGAUAUUCUUCAGGUGCACUUUAAGGAUAUGGGGGUGGGACGUUAUUCGUGGCAUCGACUACACAUUUCGCUGAUGGGGUGGAAGAAGGAAAUGAGGGUCACAUUAGUCAGGUGGCUGCCUCCGGCUUCUACCCUCCUAAAACUGAACACCGAUGGGUGCUCCUUAGGGAAUCCGGGGAGGAGUGGAGGUGGUGGGAUUUUGCGAGAUAGUGCAGGAAUUUUCAGACUUGGUUUUGCGGGUUAUUGGGGAGAGACGACGAGCCUAUAUUCAGAAUUGAAGGCCUUGUUAUUUGGGAUUAAGUUGUGUGUCACGCGAGGCUUUUGUUGCUUGCACCUGGAGUCUGAUUCCAUUCUUUUAGUCCAAAUGGUCACAGGGGUUGGUAGAUGCCAUGGGCCUUGCAACGAGAGCUGGAUGAGUUGCUUGCCUUUCGGAAUGCUUUUCAUGCUGUCUCCCAUUGUUAUCGCCAAGCGAAUGUGCCAGCAGAUCGGCUUUCUAAUAUUGGGACAGAUACCGGCUCUACCGUUAUCUAUAACUCGUUUGCGCAAUUGCCGCGUUUGGUUCGAGGAGACCUUAGGUUGGAUAGGCUUGGCUAUCCUAACUUCCGUGCUUCUUGAGCGCCGGCGUGCUUGUGUUUAG